UCGCUCGCGGGCGGCCUUGGCGAGCGGACUCUGCGCGGGCACCGGCACAGCGAUGGACCCGUUCACCGAGAAACUCCUUGAAAGAACCCGUGCCAGGCGAGAGAACCUGCAGAGGAAAAUGGCAGAGCGGCCGAAGAUGGGGGCGAGGCCCACAAUGCAGACCAAGAGGGCCAGAGAGCCUUUGGCAGAAACUGGUAACCAGGCACCUCUUCCUGGUGAUGAAGCAAAACCAGAUACAAAGCCAUCACCAUCAAAAAGGCUCUGCCCUAAUGAUAUAGAGGCUCAAGCUUCUAGUUCAGAGAAUGUACAGCCAGUUCCUUCAAGUUCCACAGGCCAUGAUUCUGCUCAGAUGACUUCAGAAUCACAGGAAACUGUUUCUAACAGAGCUUCAUUGGUUCAGCCUCUUGAGAAAGUAAAACAAAACACCAAGUCAGAAACUCCUGCGGCCCUUUCAGUCAAAACACGUAUGCAGAAGUUGGCAGAACAGCGGCGCUGCUGGGAUAGUGAGGAUCCCUCUGAAUGUGUUCCUCUGUCUCCUCUACAAUCAAAAGAUCUGUGUGUUUCUCCACCUAAGCAGACAUCCAAUGCCCUGGCAAGCGAAACCCCAAUUGGGAGAAGAGGCCGUUUAGCUAACCUUGCUGCUACAAUUGGUUCCUGGGAAGAUGACCUAAGUCAUCCAUCUGCAAAGCAAAACAAUGCACAAGAACAGCCUGGCACUACUUGUUUAUCCAAAUUGUCCACUACAAGUGGAGCAUCUGCUAGAAUCAAUAGUAGCAGUGUAAAGCAGGAAGCUGCAUCCUGUUCUCAAAGGCUUGUUGAGGCUUCUAUUAAUAAACCAGCAAAUUCAAAGAGAGCGGAUCCAAACAAUUUUUUAACGCCAUCUUCAAGAGUUACUGCUCCCUGUUCUAAAGAAUCUGAAGUACAACAACAGCCAACAGAGAAUCCCUGCAGUCCUCGGAAAACUGAAGAGCGCACACAAACAGCGAAGUCAGCUUUGCCUCAACCAGUUCAGUCCAAAGCAGAGCCAGUCAAAGGAACACAUGUGCAACUUGAACCUAAGGGUAAACCCACAACACCAGGGGGAUCUGGAAUUAAGCCCUUCCUGGAACGCUUUGGCGAGCGCUGUCAAGAGCGUAGUGCGCGCAGCCCUGCUACGAAUACUCCAGGGUGCAGAACACCCACUGUUACCCCAAAUACAAGGACAAUCCAGGAGAGGCUUCUCAAACAAAAUGAAAAUUCCUCUACUGCCAGUUUAGCACUUCAGCUUAAACAGGAACGUGAACGAGAGCUUGCAUGCCUUCGUGGCCGAUUUGAUCGAGGCAAUCUGUGGAGUGCGGAGAAAAGUGACAGUUCAAAGAGGAAGCUUCCAGAAGCUAAAAUGGAAAGCCAAUCUCAAGCCAGUCCAAAACAUCCUCCUAGUUCAGAUGCCUCUGCUCUUGGAUCAGAAGACACAUCAGCAGGUGACAGGCCAGCAAAGUCUCCCAGCAUGGAGUCUUCAGAUACUUCUAAAUGUGAAGAGACUGAUAAAUCCAGUCCUCUGAAGACCGCAGAGUCAAAGAGCCCUGUAAAAGUGAUGUCUGUCUCAAAACUUGAACAACUUGAUGAAAAACCAAAAGAUGAAGUAUACGAAGGCAAAAUGCGUGUGGAUGGUGAGAUGAAUGGCUCAAAAGUGAUAAAUGAGAUUUUUGAAAUUCUUCAAGAGGAUGGUCCAGACAUAGAAAAGCUGAAGAAAGAAAUGAGUAUGAGCCUGGAAGGUGAAAGUGAUGAGGAUGAGCAGGAAGAGUCACUGAACAUUUCAUCAAUGUCUCUGUUAACCCCUCUAGUGGAAUCCGUUGGUUCAGAGGCCUUUGGUUCUCCUUCUAAGUCAACUGGGGAAGGUAGCAGUAUCAGUGAUGUCAGUCUGAAGUCUGAGAAGUUCCAAAGGACCAGAGUUCCCAGGGCAGAAUCUGGAGACAGUAUUGGCUCUGUGUCGGAAGAUCGCAAUCUUCCUUACAGUGUCGAUGCAUACAGAUCCCAAAGAUUUAAGGAAACUGAUCGUCCUUCAAUAAAGCAAAUAAUUGUUCGCAAAGAAGAUGUGGCUUCCAGAUUAGAAAUGAGAAGAAAUGGCCCAUCUGAUCAAGUCAAUAUCAAAAAGAAAAUGCAGGAACUGAACAAUGAGAUCAACAUGCAACAGACAGUGAUUUAUCAAGCCAGUCAAGCUCUGAACUGCUGUUUUGAUGAGGAGCAUGGAAAAGGGUCGCAAGAAGAAGCAGAAGCAGAGAGACUUCUUCUCUUUGCAACUGAGAAGAGAACUGCUUUAUUGGAAGAAUUGAAUAAACUGAAGAGUGAGGGACCACAUAAUAAAAGAAAUAAAGCUGCUUCUGCAUCCGCUGAAUUUGCUCCCUCCAGGGGAUCUGUUUCCAUUUCAGAAAUGCGUCUACCUCUAAAAGCAGACUUUGUAUGUGGUACAGCUCAAAAGCCAGAAGCAGGAAAUUACUACUAUGUAAUAAUACUGAGAUCUGGAGCAGAAAACAUGGUUGCAACUCCACUAGCAAGUACUGCCAGUUCCCUGAAUGGAGAUGCUCUUACUUUUACUACGACGUUUACUAUGCAUGAUGUGUCAAAUGACUUUGAAAUAAAUAUAGAAGUUUACAGUUGGGUGCAGAGAAAAGAAGGUACAAGCACUGAUAAAAGGAAAAAGUCAAAUAAAUCUAAGGUUAUUACUCCAAAGAGAUUAUUAACAUCUAUUACCUCGAAAAGCAACCUUCUUACUCCAGCCAUGGCCAGUCCAGGUGGCCCAAAUGCCAUACGCAGUACGAAUUUCAUCCUUGUUGGGUCCCACAAGUUAUCGCUGUCUUCUGUGGGAAAUACCAAAUUUGCACUGGACAAGAUAAAUUUUGAAGGGGAGGAAAAAGAGCUGUUGGGCUAUAUGUUCCAGGACAAGGUUCCCUUUUUAUCUCCUUUGGAAGGUCACAUAUAUCUGAAGUUGAAAUGCCAAGUGGACUCUUUGGUGGAAGAGAGAGGGUUCUUGACUAUGUUUGAAGAUGUCAGUGGAUUUGGAGCGUGGCAUAGGCGCUGGUGUGUGCUGUCUGGAAAUUGUAUCUCCUAUUGGACAUACCCAGAUGAUGAGAAACGAAAGCACCCUUUGGGCCGGAUAAACUUGGCUAACUGCACUAAUCAUCAGAUUGAACCUGCCAACAGGGAGUUCUGUGCCCGUCCCAACACUUUUGAACUAAUAACUGUCCGACCUCAGAGAGAAGAUGACCGAGAGACCCUUGUCAGCCAAUGCAGAGACACACUCUGUGUUACAAAGAACUGGCUGUCUGCUGAUACUAAAGAAGAGCGUAACCUUUGGAUGCAAAAGCUCAACCAAGUGCUCAUUGACCUUCGCAUGUGGCAGCCUGAUGCCUGCUACAAACCUGCUGGAAAGCUUUAA